AUGGAGUCUGGGCUGCGCUGGGUUUUCCUUGUUGCUCUGUUACAAGGUGUCCAGUGUGAGGUGCAGCUGGUGGAGUCUGGGGGAGGCUUGGUCCAGCCUGGGGGGUCCCUGAGACUCUCCUGUGCAGCCUCCGGAUUCACCUUUAGCAGCUAUGACAUGAGCUGGGUCCGCCAGGCUCCAGGGAAGGGGCUGGAGUGGGUCUCAAGGAUUAGUAGUGGUGGUGGUAGCAGCACAUACUACGCAGACGCCGUGAAGGGCCGAUUCACCAUCUCCAGAGACAACGCCAAGAACACGCUGUCUCUGCAAAUGAACAGCCUGAGAGCCGAGGACACGGCCCUGUACUACUGUGCCAGAGACACAGUGAGGCCCAGUAUUCCCAGGUGUCCCCAUUCGGUGAUCAGCACUGCACAGACACUCACCAUGGAGUCUGGGCUCAUCUGGGUUUUCCUUGUUGCUCUGUUACAAGGUGUCCAGUGUGAGGUGCAGCUGGUGGAGUCUGGGGAAGGCUUGGUCCAGCCUGGUGGGUCCCUGAGACUCUCCUGUGUAGCCUCUGGAUUCACCUUCAGCAGCUCUGACUUGAGCUGGGUCCGCCAGGCUCCAGGGAAGGGGCUGGAGUGGGUGUCAACUAUUUAUAAUGAUGGCAGCAUAUACUACGCAGACGCCGUGAAGGGCCGAUUCACCAUCUCCAGAGACAACGCCAAGAACACGCUGUAUCUGCAAAUGAACAAUCUGAGAGCCGAGGACACGGCCCUGUACUACUGUGCCAGAGACACAGUGAGGGGACAUCAGUCUCAGGUGUGGCCCAGGCUGUGGCUCCUGUGGGACCUGGGAAAGAUUGAUGGGACUGUGUCACCCACCACUGCUGGGACCCUCCUGCUGUCACCUGGGCCUGGACUCACGUUGGAAAUGCAAGUGGUCAUUAGUAGCUGA